GUAGCUCACCUGAGAUAACAGAUAUCCACACACACACACAGAGAGAGAGAGAGAGAGAGAGAGAGUUGAACGUGUCUCUCCUCCGCAGAAGGAAAAGGAGCUAAAAGAGUUUUUGACAUUGUGCUUAAUGAGAGCCAUCUGCAGCUUUACUGUUUUUUGGGAACGUUGUGGAUUUUACACGAGCAGUGGAUGAUAAGAAGAUCAAGAUGAAGUGAUCUGGGUUAUAACAGCGCGGGAGAAGAACAGACCAUCAGAGAAGUCAUGAGAAACAACUGACCUCUGAAUCCAACUACAACAUGACCAAACUUCUCGCCUGUAUCGCUUUCAUAUUCUGCAGAGCAAUGCUGUGUGUAGAUGGUGAGUUCAUCGAGCCGUCUCCUGCAAUGUCCCUGCGCUCAUAUAGCAACACACAGACUCGACUGCCGUGUCGCUUCAUCGUACAGCAGGACGAGCGGGUGGUGCAGGUCACCUGGUCCAGACAAAAACCUGGAGGAGAGAGAGAACAAAUCAUUAUUGGACACUUCACCGAGGGACCCAAAGCGUCCCCUGAUUUUGUGAGCCGUGUUCAGUUUGAGAGUCCUGAACCGACCGUGGACUCGAUGCUGUUGAUUCUGAACACAAAGAAAACGGACCAGGCCGUAUACACCUGCCACAUCACCACAUUCCCCUCCGGAAACUUUGAAAGACAAAUCAGUCUGAGCGUCUGGAUUCUGCCCAUCUCCUCUCUGGAGCCGGUCAUCCUGCAGGAAGGUCAGAGGUUUGGCUCGGCCGCCUCCUGUCGUUCCGUCGGCCAUCCUCCUCCUCGUCUCUCCUGGGACACGGACAUUCCCGGACAGUCUCAGAACCGAACCGGAGAGGACGGCAUGGUGACAGCGCAGUUCUCUCUUCACCCGCUACGCAGCAUGAACGGCCGUCGUCUGGACUGUCUGGUGUGGCAUCCGGCUCUAGACGGACCCCGGAGACUCCAGAACAACGUCAUCGUGCACUAUCCACCAGAUGCAGUGAUCGAAGCUUCAGGAUCCUGGAGAUCUGGACAAACAGAAGCAGAACUCAGAUGUGCUGUUAAAGGAAACCCGCAACCUCACAACAUCACCUGGAGCAGGACGGGUGGACAUUUACCGGCCGGCGUGUUAGUUCAGGGUGAUAAACUCAUCUUCAGUCGUCCUCUGAACGUGACAGACGAAGGCGUGUACGUGUGUCAGACGACAAACAUCAUGGGCAGCGUUAAAUCUGAGUUUCAACUGAAGAUUGAAGAACACACGGAUGAAGUUGUCAGUCCUCUCAUGACUCAUCCCGAGAAACUGCUGAUCAUUGUAGGAGCAUCUGCCGCUGGAUGUUUGGUUAUUAUCCUGGCGAUCUUUUUCAUUUACAUGAACUGUCAUCUCAGACACAAGAACAGAACGCUGAAAAGAGCCCUUAGCGUGCAAAAUGAAGAGAUGAUCAGCCUCUCACGACAGGUGUCCAUGAGAAGACUCAACUCCAUCAACACAGAUCCCAGAAUACCGGCUGAAGAGCGUUCAUUGAUCCACAUGGAUGGAGUGAUGAGACACAGUGUUUUAUCAGUGGAGGAUCACUCCACACUGAAUGACCUGAGAGGUCGACAGGGUGAGUACGACAGUCUCGGACGCCCUGCCAUCUUCACACCAUACCGGCCCGACAGAACCAGUCAGAAACUGAGAGAGUGUGACGAAGAGAUUAAGGAACGAAUAUGGAGAGUCGAGUCAUACGUGAAGAACAGCAACAUGUCUCUGGAUUCAGGGCUUCACAGGGACCAGAGUUCUCCUCCUCCGUCCAUGAGCUCCGGUCCGGCUGCAGACGUCUGGAGUCGUGGUUCUCGCAGACGGGAAGGUGAAGAGAGAGACAGAAAUCCUGAAGGAGAGGAGGGAAGCGCUGCUGUGAACUCUUAUCGCUUAUCUGAAGCUGUGAGCAACUACUUUCAGUGCAGUAACGGCGGACUCACGCCGAAAGCAAACCCAAACGCCAUCAUCAUACAGCCACGAGGAGAAGUCAUCUAAAACACAGCACCGGGAAACUUUCUGAACACGAAUGAUUUUCUUCAACACAAAAGAUGUGGAACGUUGAGUUUUCAUAUGGGAUGUGACGGGACGGUGAAGUGGAUUAUUGAUCAGCUUCAUUCAGUACCGACAACAAUAAAGACUGAAAUAUCUCUGACGCUACAGCACAUCUACUGUUGAUGAUAAAUGUUGUUGGUUUAGACACGGCCUACCUCUCUACACAACACAACACGGUGCCAAAACAAGGUCAAAGACAUUCUAGCCAGUUUUAUGUUAAGUGAGCUGUUGUUGAUUUGAGUUCCUGAAGAUACCCUGUGACCUCACAGCAACUCACAACUGUUUUCUAUACAUUCGUAUAAUGGGAGUCAUACAGCAACAUAUGGUUAUAAAAACAAUAAUGACCUUUACAAAUCAAACUCUUUAUCCAAGUGUGCUCUUAGUAAAACUUUUAUGUCAAAAUGUCUGUUUGAAGAGUUUGGUUCCAAAAUGAGAAAUAAAAAAAUCUUGUUUUUUAUUAUGUUAUCAUUUCUUUAUUGAGUUAUUAUGGCUUAAAUCGAAACAAAACAACUCGUCUCAGUUAUCUCAUUUAGGAACCAAACUCUUGAUUUGUACUUAUGUUUACUUUUCAUAUCCGUAAAAUGAAAUGUUCAUUAAUUCUGCUCAAUCCUUUAAAGAAGAUAUGCUAUAUAAAACGGAUACUUGAUUUAUAGUUGUUUACUCUUUUGGUGAAGUUGAUAGAUUAUUAAAUCGU